AUGCGGAGAGCCGCUGGGAUGGAGGACUUCUCCACAGAGGAAGAGGAGCCCUGGUACGACCAGCAGGACCUGGAACAGGACUUGCACUUGGCCGCAGAGCUGGGGAAGACCCUGCUGGAGAGGAACAAGGAGCUGGAGGAGUCUCUGCAGCAGAUGUACUCCACCAAUGAGGAGCAAGUGCAGGAGAUCGAGUACCUAACCAAGCAGCUGGACACGCUGCGGCACAUGAAUGAGCAGCAUGCCAAAGUGUACGAGCAGCUGGACCUGACAGCCCGAGACCUGGAGCUGACCAACCAGAAGCUGGUGCUGGAGAGUAAGGCUGCCCAGCAGAAGAUCCAUGGGCUGACAGAGACCAUCGAGCGCCUGCAGGCCCAGGUGGAGGAGCUGCAGGCCCAGGUGGAGCAGCUGCGGGGCCUGGAGCAGCUGCGGGUGCGCCGAGAGAAGCGGGAGCGCAGACGCACCGUCCACACCUUCCCCUGCCUCAGGGAGCUGUGCACCAGCCCCCGGUGUGAGGAUGCCUUCCGCCUGCACAGUUCCUCCUUGGAGCUGGGCCCGCGGCCCCUGGAGCAGGAGAACGAGCGGCUGCAGACCUUGGUGGGUGUGCUGCGUUCCCAGGUGAGCCAGGAGCGGCAGCGCAAGGAGCGGGCGGAGCGCGAGUACGCGGUGGUGCUGCAGGAGUACUCGGAGCUGGAGCGGCAGCUGUGCGAGAUGGAGGGCUGCCGCCUGCGCGUGCAGGAGCUGGAGGCCGAGCUGCUGGAGCUGCAGCAGAUGAAGCAGGCCAAGACCUACCUGCUGGGCCGGGAGGACCACCUGGCCGAGGCCCUGCUCGCGCCCCUCACCCAGGCCCCCGAGGCCGAUGACCCCCAGCCCGGCAGCGGGGACGACUCGGCUGCCCAGGACGGCGUCUCGUCGCCGGCCGCCUCCCCGGGCCACGCUGUACGCAAGAGCUGCAGCGACACCGCGCUCAACGCCAUCGUGGCCAAAGACCCCGCCAGCCGGCACGCGGGCAACCUCACGCUGCAUGCCAACAGCGUGCGCAAGCGCGGCAUGUCCAUCUUGCGGGAGGUGGACGAGCAGUACCACGCGCUGCUCGAGAAGUAUGAGGAGCUGCUGAGCAAGUGCCGACAGCACGGCGCCGGGGUGCGGCAUGCCGGCGUGCAGACCUCGCGGCCCGUCUCCCGGGACAGCUCGUGGAGAGACCUUCGUGGGGGCGAGGAGGGCCAGGGGGAGGCCAAGGCAGGGGAGAAGAGCCUGAGCCAGCACGUGGAGGCUGUGGAUAAGCGGCUGGAGCAGAGCCAGCCCGAGUACAAGGCGCUUUUCAAGGAGAUCUUUUCCAGGAUCCAGAAGACCAAGGCCGACAUCAGUGCCACCAAAGUCAAGACGCACAGCAGCAAGUGACCCUUUCCCCGCCUGCAGCCUCCCCCAGGGUCCGGCCACAGGGCCCCUCCUGCCUGGGCCAUGCAGCCUCUGGUGAGGGAGGGAGCCCAUCAGCAGCAAUACGGCCCAGGGGAGGCUGCUCUCUGGCCCAGGGAGUGUGUGUGGGACGCAGCUUGUUCUCAGCUCACUCCGGAGGUGGCCAACCUGUCAUACAUCUGGCCUCCCAGGAUCCUCCUCCAUCCUGCGUCAGCCCAAAGACGCAGCUAAGAGUUGCAAAGCCAAAU